AUGCCGGAGUCACCCACAUCCCCGGCCAAGCCACCCUCGCCGCCUGGAUCUCCAGUCAACGCCGCCACGCCGUACGCGGCGUCGGUGUUGCUGCGAGCCGCCGUGGUGCUCCUUGCUUUCCUAGCCCUACAGCUUGUGCUCUUCAAGUCCCUGCUGAAAUUCCCCAGCACACGGUUCCUCCCGGCCCCGGGACGCUGCAACAGCACCUGGGCCAACGGCCCGGUCGAAGCCGGCGCGUGCAAGGCCGGCUUGAUCUACGUCUACGACCUACCGCCGGAGUUCAACCACGAACUCGUCGGCGACUGCAAACGUCUCUGGCCGUGGUACUCCUUCUGCCCGUACCUAUCCAACGGCGGCCUGGGCCGUCCGUGCUCCACGGUGCCGGCCUUCUCUGGCGUGGUGCCGAACGCGUCGCUGCCCAACUGGUACAACACCGACCAGUUCCCUCUCGAGAUCAUCAUCCACCGCCGCAUCCUUGCCCACCGGUGCCGCACCACCGACCCGUCGCUCGCCACCGUGCUCUACGUGCCGUUCUACGCCGGCCUAGACGUGGGCAGUCACCUGUGGGGUCUCAACGCCACCGUCGCGGACCGCGACCGCGCCGGCACGCGGCUCCUCCGGUGGCUCACGAACCAGACCUCGUUCCAGAAGUCCGGCGGGUGGGACCACUUCAUGACGCUCGGGCGCAUCACGUGGGACUUCCGCCGGUAUAGCGACGACGGGUGGGGCUCCAACUUCGUGCUCAUGCCCGGAAUGGGCAAUGUCACCCGCCUCGUCAUCGAGAGCGACCGGCAGGAUCCCAUGGACGUCGGCGUCCCGUACCCGACAGGCUUCCAUCCGCGCACCGCCGCCGACGUGCGCGCGUGGCAGCGUCACGUGCUGUCCCGCAACCGCACCAACCUCUUCGGGUUCGCCGGCGCGCCGCGCUACGGGUUCAGGAACGACUUCAGGGACGUGCUGCUGGAUGAGUGCGAGGACGCCGGGCACGCGUACUGCCGCUCAGUGGACUGCCGCGGCCAGAGGUGCAACAACGACACCGCGGCGCUAACGAAGCUUUUCCUGGACUCCAAGUUCUGCCUGCAGCCGCGCGGUGACAGCUACACGCGGCGGUCGCUGUUCGACUGUAUGGUGGCCGGGGCCGUGCCGGUGCUGUUCUGGCGGAGGACGGCGUACGACCAGUACCGGUGGUUCCUGCCGGCGGGGCAGCGAGGGAAGGAGGGGGAGUGGUCGGUGUUCAUGGACCGGCGGGCGCUGAGCGCGGGCAACGUGAGCGUGCUGGAGUUUCUGCAGGGGUUCAGCGAGCAGCGGGUGCGGCGGAUGCGGGAGCGCGUCGUGGAGAUGAUUCCGAGGCUGGUGUACAGUUCGUCGCCUCACGGGCUCGGCGACGGCAUGGCGGACGCGUUCGAGGUGGCGCUGGAUGGCGUGUUCAAGCGGUUCCGCCGGCGCCGGUGGAGCAGUGAGCGUGAAGGUCCCCCACCUGGCCCUUCCGUCGCGGUGCGUGUCAACGGUACAUCGUUGGCGCCUCCUACUUCUAACGGCAGAAAUAGGUCGGUGAUCCGUCGCAGGCGUCGCCGGCACGUCUCACGGGAUAGAUCGAGGCGAGUGGUUUCGUCGCAUAUAAGAAGCGUAAUCUCCCAAGGACCGGCAUCAGGACGCCAAAAUGUGCAGACAUCUUGA